GGAGCCGCUCUCUGGUGGAACUGGUGUGAUCAUGGGCAGACACUCGGGUCACCUGCCCGAGCUCCAGCCGGGUCUCACGUUCCGGGUGUUGUGGAUCCUUCAGGCGUUCCUGGACCUGACCGGCUCUCAGGAGAUUUACGCGCCGCACUCGAUCCGGGUGGAGGGCGACGUGACGCUGGGGGGGCUGUUCCCCGUCCACGCCAGGGGGGUCCCGGGGAUGCCGUGCGGGGACAUCAAGAAGGAGAACGGCAUCCACCGGCUGGAGGCGAUGAUGUACGCGCUGGACCAGAUCAACGGGGACGAGGAGCUGUUGCCCAACGUCACCCUGGGCGCGCGGAUCCUGGACACCUGCUCCCGGGACACGUACGCGCUCGAGCAGUCGCUGACGUUCGUGCAGGCUCUGAUCCAGAAGGACACGUCGGACGUCCGGUGCACCAACGGGGAGCCGCCGGUGUUCGUGAAGCCCGAGAAAGUUGUGGGAGUGAUCGGAGCGUCGGCCAGCUCCGUGUCCAUCAUGGUGGCCAACAUCCUGCGCCUCUUCCAGAUCCCUCAGAUCAGCUAUGCAUCCACCGCGCCGGAGCUAAGUGACGACCGGCGAUACGACUUCUUCUCUCGGGUGGUCCCUCCGGACAGUUUCCAGGCCCAGGCGAUGGUGGACAUUGUCAAGGCUAUGGGCUGGAACUACGUCUCCACUGUGGCAUCAGAGGGCAGCUACGGGGAGAAAGGGGUGGACGCCUUCAUGCAGCUCUCCAGGGAGGCAGGUGGCAGCUGUGUCGCCAGUCUUGAUCUGGACCGUGAGCCGUCUGAUGGGUUUCCAGCAAAACCAGAGAUGAUUAGACGCGCAUAUAAAACCCCUCAGGCGCAGUACUUGCUGCUAACAGCUAACAGCUCUGAAAGAGACAUCCGGGGGAUCCUGAACGCCAGUAAGCGAGCGGAGCAGGUCGGUCACUUCAUGUGGAUUGGGUCCGACAGCUGGGGAGCCAAGAACAGUCCCAUCCACCAGCUGGAGGACGCCGCCGUCGGAGCCGUCACUAUACUGCCAAAGAGAGCCACCAUCAACGGGUUCGAUGCGUACUUCACGUCACGGACUCUGGAGAACAACCGGAGGAACGUAUGGUUCGCAGAGUACUGGGAGGAAAACUUCAACUGCAAACUGAUGAGCUCCUCCAAGAAAGAUGAGAGCAGCAGGAAGUGUACAGGUCAGGAGCGUAUUGGCAUCGACUCCAAGUACGAGCAGGAGGGCAAGGUCCAGUUUGUGAUCGACGCAGUGUAUGCCAUGGCCCACGCCCUUCACAACAUGCAGAGGGACCUGUGUCCCGAGAACUCUGGCAUCUGCCCCGAGAUGGACUUGGCCGGGGGGAAGAAACUCCUCAAGUACAUCCGCAGCGUCAGCUUCAAUGGGAAGCUGCCGGUACUGGGCUAA